ACAUACCUGACCUAGGGUAGUAGACUAGUAGUUACUAGUAGUACUACUGUAGUAGUACAUAGUAGAGUAGGACUCAGUAGAUACAUACCUACACAAGGCCUACACAAGGCAACACAAGACAAAAGAAUCGCAUUGCAUACCAAUUAGCCAAUUUGUACACAAAUCUUGUACACAAAUCGACUAAGAUCGCCCAUAUUGGCCCAUCAUGUCUAGCUUCUACAUCGAGAACAAGAACGUGGGUAAUAAAGCCGACAGUGAAGACUGGAGAAUUCGCGGUUACAAUCCUUUGACACCCCCGGAUCUCCUACAGCAUGAGAUCCCCCAAACAACUAGUUCAAAGAAAACGGUGCUCGAGAGUCGCGACGAGGUUGUCGCUGUAGUCAAUGAUAGGGACGAGAGGCAGAGACUUCUGGUCAUCAUCGGACCAUGCUCCAUCCACGACCCCAAGUCAGCCCUCGAAUACUGCGACAUGCUGUUAAAGGAGAAAGAGAAGCACAAGGAUGAACUGCUUAUUGUUAUGCGCGCUUAUCUUGAGAAGCCAAGAACAACAGUGGGCUGGAAAGGUCUGAUCAACGAUCCGGACAUUGACAACAGCUUUAAGAUUAACAAGGGCUUGCGCAUGUCAAGACAGUUAUUUGUUGACUUGACUGACAAGGGGAUGCCGAUUGCUAGCGAAAUGCUAGAUACCAUCUCACCACAGUUCUUAGCUGAUGUCCUCUCAGCUGGAGCAGUCGGCGCCAGAACAACUGAGAGUCAGUUGCAUCGAGAGUUGGCCAGUGGUCUAUCGUUCCCUGUGGGUUUCAAAAACGGGACUGACGGAACGUUGGGCGUUGCUAUCGACGCAAUCGGCGCCGUCAGACACCCUCAUCACUUUUUAUCUGUCACCAAGCCUGGUGUGGUGGCCAUUGUUGGCACUGUUGGCAAUGAGGACUGCUAUGUAAUCCUCCGAGGCGGAAAGCGCGGCACUAACUACGAUGCAAAAAGCAUUGGGGAAGCCAAAGCGGCCUUGGAAAAAUCGGGGCUGCGGCAGCGGCUCAUGGUGGAUUGCAGCCACGGGAACUCGUUGAAGAACCACAAGAACCAACCCAAGGUAGCUGCGGAUUUGGCAGAGCAGAUCUCUAAGGGGGAGAAGGGCAUCAUGGGCGUCAUGAUUGAGAGUAACAUCAAUGAAGGAAGUCAGAAGGUGCCCAAAGAAGGGAAGGACGGAUUGCAGCACGGUAUCAGCAUCACAGAUGCGUGUAUUGGAUGGGAAGAUACUGUCUCGGUUCUUGACAACCUUGCAAACGCUGUCAAGGAGCGGAGAAAAGUGAUCAACACCAAUGGCCUUCAGUAAACAAGGGGUAGCUGGAAAGAAGGCAGUUCUGUUAAAAGGAAUAAGGGAUCUUACAAUUUGUAAUGGAAGGGUAAAAUGAUAUAUAUUUCAAAAGGAGUGAAUAGGAAAAGCAAAAAAUGGUGUGUAUGAAAAAAUGGUGGCAGUCAUCAUUGAUAUAUUAUAUCGCAUUGAGCAACACACUUAGGUACAUAAGUAGGUAAAUGCCUACUAUGUAUGUAGGUAGGUAGUAGGCAGUUGAGGUCUUUGAAUGUUCAGAUUCUUUUUAAUGGCAUGUAGUUAAUGAAAUAUG